AUGUAUAUAAGUGCUGAAAUUACCCUCUUCUUUCUCAUAUUGCUUUUUAAAACGUCUGCGGUAUUUGUUGAAUCUACACAUGUAUUGGGUGAUUUACUGCGAAAAGAACAAUCAUUAGCAUCGAUUGCUAGAUUAAGAGAUGAUAUGGGGGCUCCAGCUCCAAAACGGCGUAAAAAUAAAGUCAUAACAGAUGAAUGUUUAAUAAAAUUAUGGCAGCGUUAUGAUGAAGGUCUUCUUGACAUUCCAGCAUUUUUGAAAGCUGCUGGACUUAGAUACUUUCAAAGACCAGCAAAACGUUAA